CGUGCUCGUGCGGACCGGGCUGCCCGCGCGCUUGUAGAACUGGCUGCCCACGUCAAAAUACGCGUCUUAAUGCGUCAAUGCUAGCGUAACCCGAGCGUCUAGGGCCCGAGCCACAAAAAACGCGUCGACAAACCGCAGCAAAGUCUAGUAUGUUACCGUUGAUGAAUCCGCAGCACAAAAAGCCACCACAACUCCUGAAUUUGUGCCUUAUUCAUCGAAUAUAUACCCAACUCAACGCCAGGAAUUAAGCGCUGUCUGUUCGUGCAACAAACAGCGCCAGGGCAACUGACAAUGCGACAACAAACCCCGGAGCCCGACGACGACGACGCCUAUGUAAGAAGGAAUGCCGAGGUUUUAUUAUUCUGUCGCGCAGCCUUACGGUUCUCGGGCUACGCCUUCUUCGCACUGGCGGUGGUCGAAACGUUACGGAUGAAGGCGCCCGGGUGCCUCGACAGCUGCGCCUACGGCGUCUUCUUGUUGGACGCGGCGCGCCGCAUUUCGCGGCUCGUGAAGCGCACCACCACCCAAUGCGCGCGCGCCGAGCUCACGGAAGCUUUAGAGUCCAUUGCCCAAUGCCAUACGAUCUUCGCGUGGGUGACGCUUGCCGGCGCUUUGAGGGAGUUCCGAGCUUUAACGACGGUCGACGAUCUCGUGUUGAACUGGGUCGAGGACCGCGCCGUCGUCGAGUUCGCGACGGAAAUGGCUGAAGAGUACUACUACGCGACGCGUAGUAGUGCGGCCGUGGUUGUGGCAUUGGGCUUCUACUUCGUCGGCCUCGACUGGCUGCGGAAAAAAGCAAAAUACUGGGGCCGCGCCUUCUCGCUCGGCUCGGAAAUGGCCGAGAGCAAGGCGCGCAAGCUCAGCCUCUACCUGAGUCCGGUCAAGAAGAAGGCCGCGUGAGCGUUUUGUGGUAACC